AUGGCUCAACAAGUUACUGUUGCUCCACAUGGUACUACGUUAAUGGUGCGCGAGCCGGUAUUGGACGGAAAACGCACGGAGCGCUAUCUGAAGGAUAAGGGGGAUAAGCAUAAGGCGGCGAAAGGCGAGUUAGUCUAUCUGGAUUCCUCACCUGAUUACUGCUCAGUGGAUACUCGAGGUCGUCAUUGCGGGAACAAUUGUGACGAGAUUUGUUGUGGCCGAGGCUGGCACACGGUCAGGGAAGUGAUAGAUGAGCCAUGCCAGUGUCGAUUUAUCUGGUGUUGCGAUGUGAAAUGCAAGACCUUGUAA